AUGGCGCCUACAAACAAACGACCGAUCGAUGAUGAUCUCGUCUACACAUUAUCAGAUAAUGAUGACCUACCUAUUGAGGAGGAAGAGGAGCUAGCGCCAGAGCCGCCCCGAAAGAAAGCCAAGACCAGCAAAAAAGCGAAAAAAGGAAAACAGGCAGAAGACGAGGAUGAAGAGGAUGACGAGGCAACCGAAGAAGGCGUCUGGGGGAAGAAAGAGGCCGACGACGGUGCCAUGGAUUCUGAUUUCGAAUUCCAGAUGGAUACUGCUGGCGAUUUGGGCGAAGACGAGUUCGAAGGUUGGGGCUUCGAAAGCGCCAAGAAGAACAUGAACGAGAAGAAGGGCGUUGACCUGGACGAAAUCAUUCGCCGACGGAGGGAGAAGAAGAGUGGAAAGAAAGGAGAUGCUGGGACUGAGGCUGACGUCGAUGGCGACGUGGAAGUCACUGCAGUUCUGCCGGACGAGGAUGCCGACGAUGAUGACGAGGUCGAAAACGACAUGACUGUGGAUCUCGACGAUGAAGACGACGAGGUCCUUGCCGACGAUGCCUUUGGCAUGAACGUUGAUGCGGAAGAUGAGGAGGGCCACGAGGAAGACCAGGACGGGUCAGAAGACGAGGCAGAGCUUCAAGACGGUGACGAGCCCGCCUCAGACGACGACUCGGUCGCCACGCCCAUGAACCAUCCGGACGAUGAGGAGGACAACUCGGACGCGAGCGACCAAGAGGACCCAGAAGAAGAGGCCAAGCGCAACGCCUUCUUCGCCCCCGAGGAGAAGGCGAAGCCAGGCAAGAACAAGGAUUCCUCAUCGUUCUUGGGAAUGAACCUCUCUCGCCCAAUCAUGCGGGGCCUAACGCACGUUGGAUUCACCAAGCCAACUCCCAUUCAAGACAAGACAAUCCCCAUCGCAUUGAUGGGUAAGGACAUUGUCGGAGGUGCCGUUACAGGUUCCGGAAAGACUGGUGCCUUCAUCAUCCCCAUCCUUGAGCGCCUCAUUUACCGCCCGAACAAAAUGCCGACAACUCGCGUCGUGGUGCUUACGCCCACUCGAGAGUUGGCCAUCCAGUGUCACGCUGUGGCCACCAAGAUCGCUGCCUUUACUGACAUCAAAUUCACUCUUGCUGUUGGUGGUUUGAGUCUGAAGAUGCAGGAAGCUGAGCUUCGCCUCAGGCCCGACGUGAUCAUCGCCACGCCCGGUCGUUUCAUUGAUCACAUGCGCAACUCGGCCAGCUUCAACGUUGACACCGUGGAGAUUCUGGUUCUCGAUGAAGCUGAUCGCAUGCUGGAGGACGGUUUUGCCGACGAGCUGAACGAGAUUCUGACCACGAUGCCCAAGUCGCGGCAAACGAUGCUGUUCUCUGCGACGAUGACAUCGACAGUCGACCGCUUGGUGCGCGUGGGAAUGAACAAGCCAGUGAGGCUCAUGGUUGAUUCGCAGAAGCGGACGGUCGGCACUUUGGUGCAGGAGUUUGUGCGUCUGCGUCCCGGACGCGAGGACAAGAGACUUGGCUAUCUGGUUCAUCUCUGCAAGACUCUCUAUACCGAACGAGUCAUUGUGUUCUUCCGACAGAAGAAAGACGCUCACCGAGCGAGGAUCAUCUUUGGCAUGCUUGGUCUCUCAUGCGGUGAACUUCACGGUAGCAUGAACCAAACAAUGCGUAUCGAAAAUGUUGAGAAGUUUCGAGACGGUAAAGUCACUCAUUUGCUCGCUACGGAUCUCGCUUCGCGUGGUCUUGACAUCAAGGGUGUCGAUACGGUCAUCAACUACGAGGCGCCACAGUCUCUCGAAAUUUACGUCCAUCGUGUUGGUCGUACCGCCCGUGCCGGUCGUACCGGUGUGGCCGUGACACUGGCGGCGGAGCCUGAUCGCAAAGUUGUCAAGGCUGCUGUCCGCGCUGGCAAGGCCCAGGGUGCAAAGGUCACAAGUCGAACGAUAGAUCCCGUGGAUGCGGACAAGUGGCAAGACCAAAUUGACGAGAUGGACAACGAGAUUGAGGAGAUUAUGAAAGAGGAGAAGCGGGAGAAGCAGCUCGCUGCCGCCGAGAUGCAGGUACGCAAGGGCGAGAACUUGCUUGAGCACGAGAAGGAGAUCAAGUCACGACCGAAGCGAACCUGGUUCGAGACCCAGGACGACAAGCAGAAGUCGAAACAGGCCGGUGCCGACGAGCUCAAUGGCAUUCGCGACCAGCUGAAGAAGAAGACAAGCGCCGGCAAGCUGAGCAACAAGGACAAGAAGCGAUUGGACAAUAUGGCUCAGAGAAAGGAGGGUAACCUGUGGAAGGGUGGAAAGAACAGAGGGGAUGAAGAUGACAAGGGCGCUACACCUUCAUCACGAGAGGGGAUCGAGGAGACCGGGAGGAUGGUGUCGAGGAAGACCGUCCUGCCCGUGACGGACCAUCUCGAGGGGGGUCAAGAGGAGGUUCUCGUGGGAGAGGAGGCAGAGGCGGCGGUGGCCGUGGUCGUGGUCGGGGCCCCGACCCAGCACCGGGACUUUGGUAUUGGACGUGCUGUCAGCCUUCUUCGCUAUCUCUUCCCGCGAACGAUCCGCGAUCGCUACCACGAGCGGCUCCUCGACUUCCACGCGUACACCCUCCCCAGCUUCAAGCGCGGCCUGCAGUCUCGCAUAUACCGUUUCAUACUUGAUCGCCGGCGCCGUCGUGCCCAGGGAACCCGGCUCCUUGACGUCGUUGCUCGGCACGGACGACGCAUCCUGCUUGGCCCGCAGUACCACCGGCACAACGUGCGGAAUCGACUGCGUAGGGUCACGACGAAAGAUGGGCAGAGGGUCUUGAGGGGACAGACGGCGACGAAGCAAAGCAAGAUGUCCACACCAGGCGAGCCUGAAGAGCAAGUACAAUGGGGUCAGAAGGGGUACAGAAGGAUGAAGAUUGCGGCUAUGGCCGGGACGCUCUACAACCGGGGGCAGGCGGCAGUAUCGGAGAUCCAAAAACAGUAUGCGCAAACCAGACCAGCACUGGAUGGAGGCCACGACGGUCAUGGAAGGACGCACAUUCCAGGGGCAUUCCCGGAUGUGGAUAUACGGGUGAAGGGAAAUGAGCAGAUGGUUUUGUUCCCGUCCUACGCCAAAAGACAUGUAAAGAAGGACUGGUCCAGCCCCUCCGAGUCGGGUACGCAAGGACAGCAAGGAGCUACGGAAGAGGAACUCUUCUGGAAGAACGAGUGGGACCGAAAUGAGGACGAGCGGGCGAUUGUGGACGUUGACGUUCGAGGAUGGGUCUAUUCGCCCUCGUCCGGGCCCAUGAAUAGGAGGGACCGUAUGGUGAUUGGGAUUGCCCGGAGGCUGAGCGGCAUCGUAGCCCCACGGACGGAGCAGCCAGCUGCUGACGCAGGCGAGGGAGGACUCCGCGCCCAGCACCAAAUGCACGAGGCGCAACGCGACCAAGAGCGCAUAGAGCGCGAGGCGGAGGAAAUCGAGCGCCGAGGUCUGCAAGAGAAGCAGGCCGCUGGCCGAGGCGAAUACAGCGAGAGGCCGCAACCGGCCAACAGCGAAACCGGCAGCAUGUACAAUUACAAGACCGGCCAAGGGAACGGGUCGGGGUCCGCGCCCAGCAGCCCAACGCGCACAGCCACCCAGUACUCAACUGGCGGUACCUCGACAGAGAUGAGCGAGGCCGAGUAUGCGGUGGCCAACACGAACCUGAUGGCUCGGAUAGCCCCUUUCAUGACGAAUCCCUCAGUGUCGUUGCCUGUGACCAUCUUCUUCUACAAUGACUCCAAGUCGCAGUCACGAACAGUCAUUACCAACGACGCCGGGCACUUUAACUUUCGGGCGCCACUGGAUUUCGUGCCCACUCACGUCAGGGUGCUUGCCAGCGAGGGUCUCUCGGCGAUUCAAGAGGUCCAAAUCACGGAACCAUACGGCGUCAGCUUGAUCAGUGACGUCGACGACACCAUCAAGCGAUCUAACAUUUCAAGCGGUGCAAAGGAGAUUUUUCGAAACACCUUUGUUCGGGAUCUUGGCGAGCUCGCGGUGGAGGGCGUCAAGGAGUGGUAUGGGCGACUGCAUGCCAAUGACGUGAAGAUUCACUACUGUUCCAACAGCCCGUGGCAGCUGUACCCCGUGUUGGCGAGCUACUUUAAACUGAGCGGCCUACCACCUGGCUCGCUGCACUUGAAGCAGUACUCUGGCAUGCUCCAGGGCAUCUUUGAGCCUGUGGCGGAACGAAAGAAGUCUACACUCGAGCGCCUCAUCCGGGACUUUCCACAGCGGAAAUUCAUUCUGGUGGGGGACAGUGGCGAGGCCGAUCUCGAGGUCUACACGGAGCUUGCCAUGGCCAAUCCAAAAAGUAUUCUGGCCAUCUUCAUCCGAGAUGUCACGACGCCGGAGAGGGUCGACUUUUUCCAGAACUCGUUCGGCGGUCUCAAGAGCAAGGUGUCCAACCUCAGUCUCCGUGACCAAGGCUUCAGCGAGAAUGGAAGCAGGCGACGUAACACGGCGCCCGAUGCUCCGCAAGCACAGGAGUCGUCCAGUGAGCCAGCCAUGGGCGAUCUGAUUGAUCUAUCCGAGGGGCCACAGCAGGGUGCACUGGAGAAAGCGCAAGCACCGGAUCAAGUCCGCAAGCAACCUGCACACCGCAACGGUAGCGCCUCUGAUCUACUUGCGGCUCGCAAGGCCCCGCCACCGAGACCGAACAAGCCAGCGGCCUUGCGGAGCACGUCGUCGCUCAACAAGUCUGACGAAGAUGCAGCACCGCCGCUGCCCGCAAGAAAGCCCGUGCCCAGCGGUGCGAACGCGACACAUCCCCUAUCGCAGAUGCGGAACCCAUCCUCCCAGACGGUCAACAGCAGCCCGGCCAGCACGCCAGGAUUGCAGUCACAACGACGGGACAGCGGUCGUCAACCGCCGCAACCACCGCCCCCGCGCCGCCGUGGCACGCCUUCUAGUGUGGUGAGCAACGCGAACUCGGACAUUGACUACGAUCCGUUGCCGGGGUCGACCCUGCCUCUAGGCAGGGUCGUCGCGCGAUCGUCCGCGCGGUCCCGCGCCGACUCACCGACGAGUUCGCCCCAGUUUGGCGCGCAGCAGCCAACAGCACUCGACAGGAAGAUUGAGCUGUGGAGCAGGAGGCUGGAGCGUGCGCAUCAGGAGCUGGAUCGUCUUGGGAUCUCGCUGUACACAUGGCGGAGGGGUCAGGACGUGGUCGAGGAGGCAAUGGGGCUCGUGCGCCAGGCGCAGCAAGAUAUGAAGAGGCGGGGCAAGGAGAUGCAUCCCUUGGAGAACGCUGCCAAGAGGGACAAGUAUUGA